AUGGCAGUGAAUGCCAAGACGACGGGGUGGUUCGGUAUAGGCAUCUCCGAGAUUGGAUCCAUGGUGGGCUCAGAUGCCCUCGUCGCAUGGGUCGCACAGUCCGACGCCCGCGCGUAUGCGACGGAUCGCUUCAUCUUCAACAAGACGACCGAAGGAAUCGCACUCGACGACAAGCAGGACUGGCACGUGCUGGGCGGCAGCCAGACCACGAACCAAUCCACAGGCGACACGUGGACCACCGUGCACGUGUGGCGCCAGCUGGACACGGGCGACUGCAGCGACCGCCCGAUUGUUCCUGGGAAGCUUCACAACAUCAUCUGGGCCAUGGGCGCCACGACUGACGUCAGCUAUCACAGCUCCGACCGCGGCGCUUCCGCGAUCGUGCUCGCUCCUGCCCCAGGCCCGUCCAUUCUCGCGCCUGCGCCUCCCCCCUCCGCCUCCUCCUCCACGUCCGCUGCGUCACUUGCUGCGCCGCAACAGGCAGGGAAGCAGCCGGCACAGCAGCAGCAGCAGCAGCAGCAGCAGCAGCAGCAGCAGCAGCAGCAGCAGCAGCAGCAGCAGCAGCAGCAGCAGCAGCAGCAGCAGCAGCAGCAGCAGCAGCAGCAGCAGGAGAGCAUGCUGAAUUUCACGUUCACGAAUUACCGGCUGCCAACCAACUUCACGACCUAUCGCUGCAAGGUGGUAGACAUUCCUCUCAAGGCCAAGACUCAUGCGGUUGAGUGGGGUGCCAUUCUCAACUCCACCGACAUCUCAGCCGUCCAUCAUGCCGUCAUCUACGGCUGCAAUCCCAACGAGUACGCCAAUCUCACUGCAAGGAGUGCGGGGGGCGACUUUGACUGCCCGCACCAGUCCGACACGCUAUGCCCCACCACUGUCGCCGUGUGGGCUGUGGGCGGCAGACCCUUCACCUUCCCGCCCAAUGUCGGCUACCCCAUCGGCCCGGGCUACUUCACCAUGUUCGUGCUGCAGGUGCAUUUCACCAAUCCCAAGGGCCGCGCUGACCUCGUCGACAGCUCUGGACUGUACCUCAAGCUGGCGCCGUCGCUGCGCCCCAUGGACGCGUCCAUCAUGCUCGCGGGGCCCGCCUCCUACGAGUACCUCAUCCGCAUUCCCCCCGCCAUGCCCUCGUGGACGCAAGUCAGCUCGUGCUCCAGCGAGUGCACCUCUGACGUGUUCCAGAACGAGAGUGUGAAGAUCAUUGGGUCCUUUCUGCACCUGCACACGCUGGGACGACAGUUAUACACGGAUGUGUUCAGAAAGGGCAGCAAAGUCGCCACCAUCAGCCGCCAGGACUACUACGACGGUGCAUCGCAGCAGACCAUUCCCGUGGCGCCAGAGUUUGAGCUGCUGCCAGGGGACGAGCUGCGCACCACCUGUGUGUGGGACUCCACUGACCGCAUCAACGUGACGGUAGGAGGGCCAUCCACAGAAGACGAGAUGUGCAUUGACUACCUCAUCUACUACCCCGCACGCCAGGGCCACGAGAUGAACGUGUGCUAUGACUUCUGUGCAUCAUAUGAGAACAACACCUGGAACAUGGACCCAAACAGCCCCACGCUCUCAACGUUCUACACGUGUGGCGGGUCCAACGUCAUCCCUUCUGGCAAGCCCUGCAAGAUCACAUUCGGUGCCAACUCGCCCAAGAAAGUCGUCAACGGCUGUCCCGCUCAAUACACCGUCGCUGCUGGUGCCGCUGCUGCUGCUGCCGCCGCUGCUGCUGCUGCUGCUGCUGCUGCUGCUGGUACUGCUGCUGCUGCUGCUGUUACACCCCACAGCAACAUCAGUGACAAGACAGCACAUGCAUCAUCUCAUCGGUUCACAGAGGCAGUACCAAUUCAGUGGUAG